GCGUCGUGUCCCUCAUCCAGAGACUUCGAUCCAGUUCAUCCCCAAAUCGAUCCAGACCGCAUACGCCGCGAACCCUAGCCACAACCCCACCGCCGCUACCGCGCCCUCCACCACACCACCGCUGCCCCGCCUGCCCCAACCACUCCCCGCUGCUGCUGCAGACUCCGCCCUCCACACCCCACCGCUGCAGACUGCUGCCGCGGUCGACCCCACAUCACAGCGCCGUCGAGGACACGGACGACACCACCAGCGCCGGCCUUCCACGUCGCGGAGCCACUCCACUGGCGACCACCCCCCUUCUCCGCGAGCUUGGUCCACACCGAGCAGGCCUUCUCCAAAGCAUUGAGCGGGGCUGCCUCCUCUACGUCAUCUCCCCCGAGCAGCGGAGCGUCCUCCCUCCCGCGAGCGGCUCUGUCUCCUCAGUACCCUUCCCCUAGGCAGCCACGUCAUGUAUUUCCUUUCACCAGUGUCCUCUUCAAUAGGCUAUUUGGGUGAAAUUGGUCAAGAAUGGACAAGAGUUGGAUGGAUAAAGCUAGAAAUACACAAGCAUAUAUUGACGGGGGCAAGCUCAAGGGCGAUGUAUCUCAUAGCCAUACACAACCAUUUGGAAGUGGAGAAGUCCAUGGCAAAAGCAGUAAUGCGACCACAAGCAAGCUGAGGAGCAGGCAGUGUUGUGUCGACUACGUCUGGAUAGCAACUCAUCUCCAUCCUCGCCCCAAGCAGUGUCGCCUCACCUCUACUUCCUCGCCUAAGCGGUACCGCCUAUGGUCUCCGCUUCACCGCCAAUGGAGCAUGGUAGCCCAGUGGCAAAAGCUUCUAUGUAUGCAGUUGGAAGUGGAUAAGUGUCAGGCUCUUCCUACAGGAUGUCUACUAGUUCAGUUCUAGUCAUAAACAAAGGUGAUAGUUGCUUGUACUUUGCUCAGUUACUUUGAUGUCAACAUUUGAGUUCUACAUAAUAUAGUUUUUUUUUAAAAAAAAAAAACUAUAUUAUGUAGAAUGAUAGAUUUUCCUUCCAUAUCAUGUAUAAUUGAUCCAUUUCUUUCCAUAACUAUAUCAUGUAUAAUGAUUGAUUUCUGUUUGUAGCAAUGCGACCACAAGCAAGCUUAUAAGAUGCAUUGAUUUCUGUUCUUUGUAGCCACCAGCCAUCUAUGAUCAAAGGCCACAUAUUCUGCUUUAAAUUGUUUAUCAAGUUUUGAGUUGCUAACCACAUAUGCCACGUGGUUACAUGCUCUGUCUUUAGGUAACACUCCCUCUGUUUAUGCAGUUAUGCUUUAUCUGAUUGGUUCAAAAUAAUUUGUAUUGGCAAUAACUCUCGGGUUUUUAAUAUAGUAUUUUUCUGUUAGUUUUCCAUAUCUCAAAAAUAGGGCAACAUGAUUUGUUAUUAUGUGCCGCUCUUCAAAAUUUGCGGGAGAUUCUUUUUUGUGAAUCUGGGUCUGUCUAGGACACAUCUAGAUGUGACAUAGUUAUGUCACAUCUAAGCCGAUGUCCACUCUGUUUGUGGUCCAUUUUUUUCCUAGUUUUUUUGUUUCUUGUUGUUGCAUUAUAUAUUUGCGGGAGCUUAGAUGUGACAUGCUUAAAAAACAUCUAGAUGUGAAUAAGACAAACUGAAUCUCAAAGGAUACACUAGCUAUUGUCUACUGGUACUAGAUAUGACAUUUGGCCUGCUUUCCUGAAUUAGUUGAGAUAUGGUAAUAUUUAUCUGCUUUAGUUCAGAUAAAGAUGUGUUUCAUGGGUUCUCUCACCUACUCAUAUCCAGGUUCCAGGUCCUAUUUCAUUACCUUAGAGUACUACUUGGCCAGCUAAUGCAUAUCCUAGCCUCUAGUAUGUAAACAAUACUUGAGCUAAUUGAGGAAGGCCUCUUGAGUAAUAUGGUUGAUCUAAUUAUGUAAUAAUGAUUGCUUGCUAUGAUGAAGUGUUACACAUUUAGAAGAUUUUUAUUUAUGUCGAUGAGUUAAACUGCAGCACAUCAAAAUCUUCAAUGUGUUAAUUUAAAAUCAAAUGAGAGCUCCAUUUGAGUUUCUGUUCUGUUGCAGGCUUCCCAAGGGUACAUAAGUUGAUGGAGUUGUGGAAGAUCUGCAAGCUGCUGGAGGUUUGGAAGACCUACAGUUAAUUUGGUCAAGUGAUAUAUGCCUCGUUUGCUGAACCCAGAGACAUUGGCAAGUUUUCCUAUGCUUAUUUGGUGGUUGUUUUGGUACACAAGCCAUUAUGUGCUCAUUUUGGUUGUGUGACGCAUAUAAAAACAUAUGUACUGAACCUUUUGUAGCACGAGCUCCUUGUAUAUGGUCGUUUCAUACAUGUAUCUAGAAACAUGUGUAUUUGGUCUGGCAUGUGUAAUUGAAUGAAGUUUAAGGUUGAUUGAAGUGUAUGUAUGUGCAA